AUGGCUGGGCUUGAUGAUGUCUGCGAAUCCGUCCCAGUGGAAGCAACCAUUCCUGCUUUUGACCUAGAUAAUCCACAGGCUGAGGAGGCAUAUGGAUCAGUCAAUCAGGGCCUGAUCGCAGGUGCAAUGAUAGGGAUGAAUACCACCUCUAGGAUCCCCGAACGAGACCGAUACCAUCAACGGCCUGAACAAUUGCUGAACCUCAGCCAGCUGCAAGGACUCUACAACCGCAAGGAUGGUGGAAGGGCCUUCCGCCUUCUCAGGACAAAGUACAGGCUCAAUGUCAAUCACAGUUUUUAUGAAGACAGUGUCACCCAACACUUUGCCUACUGCACUGCAGGGCACCACAUCGACUUCUCCCUCAAAGUCCCGGAUCGCAUCGGUUUUGAUGUGAUCCUUCCUCCCCCUUCCAUUAAUGUGAAUACCACCUGGUGCUUCCACCUCAACUUGUUGGGAUCUUCCCGUCCAUUUCUCAACCACAGGGGUGACCUUGGCUUUGACCCCACAGGCAGGAUGCUCUUCAUCGGUACACAGGAUCAUGACAACAUCUUUCUUGCCAUGGCACCUCGCUCAUUCCUAGAUAAUGAUAACGAUCCAAUUGCACUGGGUACCCAAUCCGAGUGCACCCAGAUGACUCCCGCACAUGUCCGUAUGGCCACUUGCAUAAUUCUCUGGGCAAUGGGCCAUAUCCCCAACAGGAGCUACUCCACACAUGACAACUACUACAUAGAUUUGUCCGGGAGGCUUGACCAAUACAAGGCCAUCACAGAUUGGGUCUCACAGCAAUCAUCAAAAGCGAUGUUAAAUCUCUCCAGUGUCCAGUCUAUGCAUGACACGAUGGUUCAACGAUAUGAAUCACACUUCUUCGAGAAUGCACCUGAGACAUGGCAUCACGAUCCUUGGUUCAAGGAAUCCAUACCAUUGAUUGUCUCGAUGAAAUAUGGUCAAGACCUACUGCUUGACACAAGUGAUGUCAACUUGGAGCAAACCAUCACUACCUUUGGCCAAAACUAUUCUUUCGAGCACAUAUCACGUUGGAGCUUUGCCAUUGCCACCCACUUGCAUGCCAUUGCUGUUCCUAAGACAGUCAACGUGGACCCUGCAACUAUCCUAGAAGAGCAUGACGAGGUUUAUGAUGAAAAUAAUGAACCAAUCACUGAUCUCACCAAUCUGCCAUACCAGGACAUAGAUGGAAAUGACGUUAACAUCUAUGACUCAGAGAAAAAUAGGAUUGAACAUAGAGUCCAAUUUUUCAGUGCAACAGCUGCACCAGGGGGCCCUCUCUUCCAGUUGCACAAUGCCCCAACGAUGUUCGACCACUUCCAUUAUGGUGACCGGACUGGAAAUGUGUCCAUCUCUGUCUACCCACAAGCAUUCAUGACACACUUUGGGCAUGUGCAAGCAAACACCAUCCUCCCUGAAUUCCACAGGGCUGCACAGGGAAUCAACAGCGAAUUGCUUUCUCAAACAAGGCAAAGACAAAGCCACGACCCCAUUGGAGAAGACAGUGAUGAUGACAAUAACGAUAGUGACUAUGCACCCUCAAACCGAGAAUCUGAUGAUGACCAACUGCUUGGUGGUGACGAACUUGACACCCAGGAGGUUGAGGACCUCCUUCAUCAGCAUGCUGUGGAGCCCCUAAAGGGUGUGUUUUUCCAGGGAUACAAUGAGUUGCAACAUCGGAUUGCACGGAGGUCAGGAGCAGCUGAAACCAUGCAUGGAGCCAUAACUGCUGCUCUUGCUGGACAAUAUGCCCAACCGACAGAACGCACAAAGGCUGAAGAGAUGUCCUCCUAUGUGGAGCGGGGGAUGCCAUUUGACCGAAUGAAGCACAAACUCACAUCCAAUGAUCCUGACUUGCGACCACCAACUGAUCUCCGACUGGAGAAUUAUUGGACCAUCAACUUUUCUGGAAUUGCACAGGAGAAACGGACUGGAAGAGCUGUUUUCGAGAAGAUUCUCACCCCCCUUGUGGACACAUGGGUUGAUCCAGAAUUGGUAGACAAACUCAGGCACAAUUUGGUCAUCUUCAAACCUGAGGUCCUUCAGCGGACAUAUCUUUGGACCACAUACCCUCUCUUCUGGGCCAUAGAUCACAUCUACCAAUCUGAAGUCCGAUGCAAGAGAGAGGGAUGUCCAGCAAACUUGCUGCUGCGAGAGCUGCUUUCAGCACUGGAACGAGCUGGUAGCUUUGGGUUCUGUGGUGCAGGAAGGGUGCUGUCCACAUAUGUGAUGGACCCUCUUUUGCUUUCUGUCGGAAUCAAGGAAACUGGAUUCCCAUGUCUGAGUGACAUGGUGGGGAUCCACCUUGAACGAAUGGAAAAGAUUGAUGUCAAUGCAUCCAGAUGGCCGAAAGAUGCUGCUGGAGUCCCACGCUUCGCAUCAAAGCGUGUUGUUCUGUACAACUACUCUCAGGCCACAUAUGAUCAUAUGAAAGCCACCUGCUUCAUUGAGCAUAUCCGCCUUGGUCUUCACACCACCGAACAUCUCCCCACCUCCCUCCCAAGGGAGGAGAAAAUCCUUCAGUCACUGGCCAGUUAUGUGGUUGAAACACUUGAGACAGAUGCCCUCUAUGAAAUUGAGAAGGGAAUCAAGAAAUCCCUGAAUGCAAGCUAUGCAACUGCAGACCGAGAUGACCGACGUUGCCUCAAUAUCCAAGCUGAUGCACUCAAGGAACUCUUGUCCAGGGCACACCCCUUUGACAAUUCUAAAGUGGCCACAGAGUGCCAGAUCCUCACACUUGCCACCUCCUCUCAAGCCAUACACUCAAUUUUGAAGAACCUGCCCCACAUUGAUGUCUAUGAAUGGGUCCGUGGCUUGUAUGCAAUGGUCACACUGCCUGACCUUGUUCAAAAAUCAUCAUCAACAAGGAAGGGCCUUGGAGCACCCUUCUUUCGACAAGGGUCUGCUGCGGAAGUCUGCACUCAAGUCUUCCAGGCAUUGUGA